AUGCCCAUCCGAGAUUACGGCGUGUGGAAGGCAAAGCCGGUCAGCUACACAUAUGAGACUGCCCGUAAAGACCCCCACAGCCCGCAUAUACAUCUGAAAUUUAGCGACGGCAACGUCAAUGAAGCAGUAGCAGCAAUUAACAUCAAGUCCGGGGAUCAUGAAGACUCCCGUCUGGUGUACUGGGUAGUUCCAGCCUUGAGCCACCCCAUUGUUCGCAAACUUCAAGCAUUGGGAGACGGGUUCCACUCCCUUCAAGGUGGUAGCGAGGAGCAGCUCGACAAUCUAAGACUGGAUUAUAUCCGGGGAAAUUUGUUCCAGAAGCAGACUGGCAGGCUCCUUCCCCACGAUAUACCAGGGGAGAACAACGAUAUCCUUGAUGUCUUGAAGCCUAUUCUCACUGAAGCCAUUUCACAUGGUGCUACUAUCUACCUUUACGGCUCUCACUUUGAUAAUGGAGAGGGUAUUCACAAUGUACACAUGAAUCAAGGGAGCCCAGGGCACUUUAAGAAGGAUAAUGGUGUCUACCAGGAUGGAGGCUUUUUUCUGCAGUUCAGGGAUCAUUGGAAGGGCAUCUUCCUUGGCUUUGCCUCUCAAGCAGUGCACACCGAUGAUGAUACUGGCAACCCUGUCCAACAAAACAACUACCAAACCUGGGCUGAUUUCCUGGAUCCCGAGGUUCCAGCUGAGAGACGCGCAAUUAACGAUAUGACUGACACGCCCGUCCUCAUCACUCGAGCGUUAGUGAAUCCUCUUGGCCCGGAUAACAAACAAGCCACCGUCUUCCUGACCAAUCGCACGGCACAACCAGUCGAUCUCACUGGAUGGAAGAUCAGAAACCAAGACGGCCAGUUCGAAGAGCUGCCAUCCAGCGGUGCUACGCUAGCUGCCAAGCAGGUGGCCAAGGAAUUCAGUGUCCCAAAGUGCCCACUCUCAGAUCAAGGUGGGCUUAUUACGCUUCUUAAUGCACAAGGCUACAAGGUUCACGGGGUGAGCUACGCAAAGGUGCAGCCGAGACGGGAAGGGAAUGCGAUUUCCUUUGAACAAAUCAACGGUUUGAAUUCCGCUUCAUAUGUGUAA